UCUGCGAAAAGAAACAUUGAAACGCCUGAGGCUAGAAGCCGACUUCCCUUAGCGAUUGAAAAGUAAAACAGUCAUGCCUAUCGUAGCUGGAUAUUUAGCUGAGCAACAAAGGAAGAGUAGCGGAGAUGUUGCUACCGAAUGGGGACUUCUUGAAGAAUUAUACAAUAAAAAACUUUGGCAUCAGUUGACUCUAAGGCUUCUACAAUUUGUCAAAAAUCCUAUAUUUACAAAAGGAGAUGGAAUCUUUCGACUGUAUGAAAAUUUCUUGUCAGACUUUGAGCAUAGAAUCAAUCCAUUAUCAUUGGCAGAGAUCUGUGUCUAUGUUGUUAGACAAAUUCAUGAUCCCAAGCAGGCUAUUGAGUUCUUGGAAAAGCUGAAAGAAAAAGUGAAAGCCAGUGAGGAGGCCAAAGUGCUGUGUAUGACAACCAUGGGCAUCAUUUACUUGAAGAACAAAGACUUCCCUCCAGUCAAGGCUCUGAUUGAAGAAUGUGAAAAAAUCCUAAAUGAUAUUGAUGGAGUGACCACUGUCCAUGGAAGGUUCUAUGAGCUUACCAGCAAUUACCAUAAACUGAUGGGCAACCAUGCGCAGUAUUACCAGGAGGCUCUUAGAUUUUUGGGUUGCACAGAGUUGAAUGACAUGCCUAGAGCAGAACAAGUUGAAAGAGCUUUCAACAUUGGGCUAGCUGCUAUCAUUGGAGAAGGUGUGUACAACUUUGGGGAACUUCUGGCCCAUGACAUUCUGGCCUCUCUUAAAGGUUCCGACAAGGAGUGGCUCGUGGAUCUGUUGUAUGCUUUUAACAGUGGGGACAUUGACAAGUUCACUGCUCUCAGGGAGAAAUGGUCCACUCAGCCUGACCUUAAGGCCAAUGAAGUGGUGAUGCGUAACAAGAUUAAUCUACUCUGCCUGAUGGAGAUGACCUUUCAACGACCAGCCACUGACAGGCAACUAACUUUUGAUAAUAUUGCUCAGACUGCAAAAAUUGAUAAAAACCUGGUGGAACUCCUAGUUAUGAAAGCCCUAAGCUUGGGUCUUGUCCGAGGCUCCAUUGAUGAAAUAGAGCAAAAGUGUCACAUGACCUGGGUGCAGCCCCGAGUGUUAGACCGUAAACAGAUUGCAAGUAUGCAAGUACGACUAGAACAGUUGGGUAAAGAUAUUGGUCUCAUGGAACGUCUGCUAGAAGAUACAGCUCAUGAUAUUCUCACUUAGUGGCAGACAUUUUUAUUUAUCAUUUAACUGAAUGUUCAUCCAUCGAGUUUUUUUUUUUUUUUUUUUGUUAUCAUUUUGUUUUUAAAUCUCAUUUUUUUUCUUUUGUCCAGUCACAAUGCAGACAUGCCAGGAAAAAAGUAAUAUUAAUUUAAUCUUUAAAAACAACUCAUGUGACCCAGUAGGAAUACGUAAAAUGAACUUAGAAGUUUGCUUUGGACAUUUUUGGAUUUCAGUAGGUCUUUAAACAAGUGGGAAAGAGCUUUCUAAAGAUUAUAUUUUAUCUAUGUACCACAUAAAUACACUUGUAAUAAAAAUAUUUAUAAAAGAAUAGCUCCAUAAAAAAAAAACGUAUUAAUAUAAUUGAGUUUUAAGAAUAUCAUAUGUUGGUUAAAAAAAAUAAUUGAACAUUCUCAUAGUCUGUCUGGGUUUUUAUUUCAAGAAAUCAUUCUGUUUGCUUAACAAUAUACACACAUUUUGAAUGUUUGUUUUUUCCCUUUCUAAAAAAAAAUUUAAGCUAGUAAUUUUUGGUAACCUUUUAUUCAUCGGGUCACAUGUUAAAUAUUGUACUCAUGAGAGUUAACUAUUAGCAAAGUCUAAUAAUCACCCAGUUUAAUUGCAUUUCUUAUGACCAAAGUCAGUGUAUACAGUAAAGGAUAAGUCAUAUCCAGAUUAAACUGAUACAAACACUUUU